CGAGCACUCCGAACUCUCGCGAGACUCGACGCCCGACUUGUGCGCCCGGGAAACCCCGUCGUUCCCUUUCCCCUGGCUAGCAGCGCGGAGGCCGCACGAUGCCUGGAGUUACUGUAAAAGACGUUAACCAGCAGGAGUUCGUCAGAGCUCUGGCAGCCUUCCUCAAAAAGUCCGGGAAGCUGAAAGUCCCCGAAUGGGUGGACACAGUCAAGCUGGCCAAACAUAAAGAGCUUGCCCCCUAUGAUGAGAACUGGUUCUACACGCGAGCUGCCUCUACAGCACGGCACCUGUACCUGCGUGGUGGUGCCGGGGUUGGCUCCAUGACCAAGAUCUAUGGAGGACGGCAGAGAAACGGUGUCAGGCCCAGCCACUUCAGCAGAGGCUCCAAGAGUGUGGCCCGCCGCGUUCUCCAAGCCCUGGAGGGACUGAAAAUGGUGGAAAAGGACCAGGACGGGGGCCGCAAGCUAACACCUCAGGGACAGAGAGAUCUGGACAGGAUUGCCGGACAGGUGGCAGCUGCCAACAAGAAGCAUUAGGACAAAGGAUGCUGGGUUAAUAAAUUGCCUCAUUCAUAAUCCU